AUGGCGCAACUAAUACGACCAAUACGGCAACUCUCGCCUCAUUAUCACCACCAUUUUCGCAACCUCCGUCACUUAUUCUCCAAAAAGCUGCCACUAAACACACCUUCUCCUUCCCCCACUCUUCUCCUCCUCCUAUCCCCUUCUUUCUCCACCGCAAGAUCUCCACCUCGUCGUCGACUUCGCCGUCCCGCUCCACCUGAAGCUCUCGCUCCUACAACUCUCGUCGCCGAAGACGGUGGUGAAAGCGAUGGGUCUGAAUCCGAGUCGUCGAGGAGUAAAAACCAGCGGAAGCGUGACGCUCGCCGCGCUGUUAAGUGGGGUAUGGAGUUAGCUUCCUUCUCUAGUGAUCAGAUUAAGAGAGUUAUGAGAGCGGCAUCGCUUGGUGAAGAGGUUUACGAUGCGUUGAUGCUUGCUAAGAGACUAGGCGCGGAUGUUAGAGAAGGGAAGCGUAGACAUUUUAAUUAUAUCGGGAAGUUGUUGCGUGAAGUUGAACCUGAUUUGAUGGAUAGUCUGAUUAAUGCUACCAAUCAGGGUGAUCUCCCAAGGAUUCAGGCGCUGAUUGCUUCGGCAAAGGAUGGUGCAGAAGGCGCUGGAGUUGGUGAUUUUGAUGAUACAAAAACAGAGUCUGAAGAUGAAGGAGAGAGCUCAGAAGAGUAUAUGGCUAUAGCUGCGAGAUGGUUUGAUGGUCUGGUCAGUCAAAAUGUGGAACUCACAAAAGAAGUUUAUUCUCUUCAGAGUGUUGAUUUCGAUAGACAGGAACUGCGUAAACUUGUUCGGAAAGUACAGUUGGUUCAUGAGCAGAGAAAAGAAGUAACCCCAGAGAAGUAG